AUUCAAGGAAAACCGUUCAUUCGCAGGUCAAACGUGAGUCAGUUGGUAUCUCUGUGCUUUGGUUCACGUCGACUUCCUAUUCUCUGUCAAAUGGGAGAUUUUGGAUGUGGAGAUGGAGGGUGGACGCCUGUCAUGAAGAUCAAUGGGAGUAAUGUAUGAUUUAAAAUAGUAUAAAAAAAAUUUGGCUAAAAAAAUUUGUUUUUCCAAGGCUGGCGAUGAAAAAACGUGGAUAUUAUCUCAGGCAGCAUUCACCCAGUAUCCUCCAAGCAUUAGUAACGUCUGAUCAGGCACUUGCUAGUUUAUCAUCACUGACACAUUAUUAAGUAACUUAAAAAAAUCAAUGACCUGGUUUGACUUCCUUCUCGACAAACAGUUGAAGAGGGGAGCUUAGCCUCUUAGCUUGAUGCUUCAUUAUUUACUGAUAUCAUGGUUUUCUCUUAAAUGAACACCUUACCUGGAUGUUCACUGCAUUUGUACUCUUACAGGUAUAUUCCAAGACUGAAACAAAUUGUUACAACAUAUAGGCACGGUUUUUUCAUUCAUUAGUUCAUUUCUUAAUGCUCUCCUGUUUCAGAUUUGUCCUUCUUCUUUUUCGUACAGACUACGAGAGACGUCUUAGCUUAGUAGUUAGCGCUCUGAGCACAUAAUUUAUAAGUUUAUAAGUGAAGGUUUCAGGACUAGUUCAAUCAUUUCAAUAUUUGAAGGCGAGACGCCACAUUGCCUCUUUCCAGUAAGGAGUACUAUAACUCGGGUACCAGCAAACAACUUGUGAAGCAGACGAAUUGCUGGAAGGAGGGGGAACCUGGUAUAGACUGACAUCUAUCCUGGAGGGGUAAUGAUAAUUCGGUGACUUCAUGCUGCAAAAGCACAGCAAGGCUAAAUUUGUAAGAUAUGAUCUUACAUUAUCUUCCAGGAAACUUUUGAUUAUAUGUCCAGUUACUGGGAGAAUACAAAGGAAUAUAACAUCCAAGGAGGAAUGACUGGGUUUGACUCAGAACAGACCAAGUUACCAAGCUACUGGAACACGCCCUUCAACAAGAUCUGCCUCGGCAUGAGGAUCGGUAAUCAGACUAAAUUUAUUGUAAUCAACAAGAACGCAAGUUCCCUGUUGUCAUUGAUUGGUGACGGGCAAUACCGAAUUCUGUCAUUGGGUCGUAAUAAAUGGAAGACCUUAAUUGGUUCACAAGCGUCCCUACAGCAUAAUUGUAACAAGGAGGGAUUUAAUGUCAGGUGCAGUAGUGAUGCAGGUUCUCGAGCACGAAUCGGCAUUGUUAGUAACAAUGAGCAAAGUUGUUCAUCUUGUGACUCCAGGCUCGGAUUUGGUUCAUGGGGGCAACCUAAAAAAUCGAACGCGUGUGGAAAUGUAGCCAAGCACGGUGGUGAUAACGGCAAUCAAAACAUAAAAGCAAUGGGAUAUAUACUGGUGCAAUGA